UUUUUUUCUCUAGAAUUAAUUCUUUGUAACCCUCGUCUCGUGUACGGCUGUCUCUUGCUCGACUAGGGUUAAGGAUUUUAGGCGAGAAGGUAUCUUCUUCUUCUACACAGAAAUCUCCGAUCAUGGAUAUGUUGAAGAAGCGAAAGCUCGAUGAGAAUGGCAUCGGGUUUCUAAACGACGGCCACGUCGGCGCCGUUCCGACUCGAUUGAUGCCACAGGACGCGAGGAAGAUCAUCGAGCGGUUCUCUACCGAUCAGCUUCUCGAUAUCUUGCAAGAGGCUGUUGUACGGCAUCCCGAUGUACUGGAAUUCGUUCGAUCGACCGCCGACUCCGACAUCUCUCAGAGGAAGCUCUUCAUCCGUGGCCUCGCGGCGGAGACCACCACGGAAGGUCUCAGGUCGCUUUUCUCUAAUUACGGAGAUCUCGAGGAGGCUAUUGUGAUUCUCGACAAGGUGACGGCGAAAUCGAAGGGGUAUGGCUUUGUUACUUUCAAGCACGUGGACGGAGCUCUUCUCGCCUUGAAAGAGCCGUCCAAGAAGAUCGAUGGCCGCGUGACCGUCACGCAGCUCGCGGCUGCUGGGAAUCAAGGUGCGACCGCUCACGUUUCGGAUAUAUCGAUGAGGAAGAUCUAUGUGGCGAAUGUGCCGUUUGACAUGCCUGCGGAUAGGCUAUUGAAUCAGUUUCUGGCUUAUGGAGAUAUCGAGGAAGGUCCUUUGGGAUUCGAUAAAGUUACUGGUAAAUCGAGAGGCUUUGCAUUGUUUGUGUACAAGACUGCGGAAGGAGCUCAGGCGGCGCUUGCUGAUCCUGUAAAGGUGAUUGACGGGAAGAAUCUGCAGUGUAAGUUGGCUAUCGACGGUAAGAAAGGAAAGCCACCAGGUCAAGAUGGUGUUGCUGGGCCUGGGCAUGGUCAUGGUCACGGUGAUGGGAUGGGUAUGGUUCCUCCUCCUGGACCUUAUGGUGCAGCUGGUGGCCACAGUGGACCUGGUGGGUUAGGUGCUUAUGGUGGAUACUCUGGAGGACCACCACCGCUUCACAUGAAUUCAACACCGUCUUCGAUGGGUGUUGCUGCUGCUGGAGCAGGUGGCUAUGGAGGUGCAGGGUAUGGUGGUCAUUACGGUGGAUACGGUGGUUCAGGUACUGGUGGUUAUGGUGGUCUUGGUGCGGCAUCAAUGGGUGGUGCAGGCGGUGGUUAUGGUGGUCCUGGUGCUGGAAGUGGAGCUUAUAGAAUGCCGCCAAGUUCGAUGUCCGGUGGUGGUUAUCCCGAGGGUGGGCACUAUGGGCAUUCAUCAGCUUCGGCAUAUCCUGGACAGCAUCAGCCUGUUGGUUCCUCCCCUGUGCCAAGAGUUCCUCUUGGAGGAAUGUACCCAAACGUUCCACCAAAUUACUGAACGGUUUGUGACAGGGCGAAGAUGGUUUUUGUGCUUAAUGGUGAUAACCUGAUUGCAGCCUCUUUAAAAUCUCUGGAUUGAUGAAUGUAUUGCUGCUUUGCCUAUGUCUCUCUGCACUUGAACUGAAAUGUGCCUUGGCCUCUGAAUGCCUAGUUGCUCUCUGACUGAUUAGAACUAGGAUAUCAUCUUGCUGUAUUUUUUUCUUUUUCUUUCAUAGACAUAGUCGGCAGAUUUGUUUUGUUUGUCAGAGUAGUGAGUUUUCAAUAAUAUUGGUGUAUUUUUCUUUACCCUACUCUCUUUUAUUGGUUUAAUGAUACUUUACUCUUUGUGAAACAUUGCUACAAAGUUAGUAACUUGUCUGUGUUCUUUGUGGACAUUCGUUUGGGGUUUCACCUGCCUGCAGAAUACUUUACUUGCCAGAAGAUUUGGUUUGUGAAACAUUUUUUGAGUGGUUGAUUCAUAGGUUAAAAAGUGCUGAACAUUUUAGCAGCUCUUGAUUUACUGAGAAAAUUGUAUUUUGCCUUGACACUUCUCGAAGAGCCGACUUAUCUACUGAUGUCAAAACAUGACAUGAUAGAAGUUUCUUGAAGAGUGCAAUUUUUAAGAAUGUGUUUCUUGUUAUCUUAUGUUGCCAUUAUUUGACAAAUCAAUGUGAUUUUUUUGUGUGCUUAUAUAAUACCCAAAUGAAGAGAGUUUACUACUUGGGCAGGAUCUUUUUGAGGUUUUGUGUCAGAGAUUUCAGACAUUUUUGAACUUUUCAUGUAAUGGCUUUGUUUUGGGUAUAUAUUCCAUGGUUUGUGAUAUUUGACAAUUUCUGCGUUUCUGGCCACAUUUUUACGACAAUUUGGUUAAAUAAUCUGUGAAGCGAAAAAAAGACUUUUGAUCUGAUCUCGCAUCUUGUCCGCAAACAUACUAGUCUUGUGUCGUUGUUAGGAAUCAUUCUGUGAAGACAGAGACUUUUGUGACCAAUUCGUUUUCUUCUUUUUUUAUAUAUUCUUUUUUACAUUUUCUUUUGUCUUCCCUUUUAUUGGGCGAUUUGCGGGUGCGACCGAGGAGUUGCGGCAAUAUGACGUUGGCUGUGAGAGGAAGACGACGUCGUUACCAACUCUUUCUAACAACAUGUAAAUAGAAUCCGACUUGCAUGUAUCCUUACACUUUGUACGAUACGAAUAAUAUCUUCACA